AUGGAUAUUGACUACAAUGAUGGUUCCGACAUCGAAUGGUCCUACAUGGAAGACAUUGACGAACAGAUGCCCGCUGUUACUAGCCUUAACAACAGCGACAAUCACGAUCCUUAUAGUAUGGAUAAAAACAUCAUCUCCGAUGACGACUCCCUCAUGACCGAUACUGUGGAUGGCCGUAAUGCUCAGGAUGGUAGUGGACACAACGAAGAGGGCUGUUCGUCUACUCCUACGUUGGCAUCCAGUCAUGUUCCCCUUCCCACUUCAUCCCCGAUGCAAGUCCAAACCACUAUUCCGAUACCUCCCGGAAAACCUUCCUCUCUCGAAUUUGUUUCUCCAAGUCAUGGAGAUAGCGACUAUUCAUAUGAAAUGGCAAGCACUUCGCCAACCUUGAGCCGCCCCAGGCUUCAUCGCUCGCCGCCUCUUCAAACUACCGCCCCUAAACAGUGUGUCUCAAAAAAUCCAUUUGAUGGUCGCUUCGCCGGGCAUGCCAAGGACUUAAACGCUCAACAUCUGACCACUGCCGGAUCAAAUCUGGACCACACAACAUUCCCACUGUCUCUCCGCAAUUAUCCAUUUCCUCCAAACCAGUCCGACGCUCGGAAAUGCCCACGGGUGCAUUCCCGUAGCCCAAUUUCUGAACCACCGUCGACUUAA